CAUGAUGGACUUGCACUAUGACGUCACGGCGGUGCAAGCCCUGUACCAUGAUUCGAAUCUUCGCAAUGGAUUGUUGAUAUCACCGGAUCGUGCGUGUAUGUCCCCUCCCCUUUUGUAUCUCUGCCUUUGGAUCAUAUUGGAUUAUCUUUUUCAUGCGUCGGUGGGCUGCCAAAUUGUGAUUUUGCAGCCAUGCUGAAGUGUAUUCCCCUGUUUCGAGCCUGCAACCAGCAGGUCGAGUCUGUAGAUAGAAGACACUGGGGACUUACUGCCAUUCCGGACGAUGUUUUGCGUUAUGCCAGGAGUUUAGAAGAAUUAUUUCUCGACGCAAAUCAAAUCAAAGACCUUCCUAGAGGCUUUUUCCGACUGGUUCAGCUUCGAAAGCUGAGUUUGAGCGACAAUGAAAUCUCACGUCUGCCGCAGGAUAUCAGUAGUUUCGUCAAUCUCAUGGAACUGGAUGUCAGUAAAAAUGAGAUAUGUGAGAUUCCAGAAAGCAUUCGGUUUUGCAAAAAUCUGCAGGUUGUUGAUUUCAGCAGUAACCCACUUAGCAGGCUACCUGAUGGAUUAUCGCAAUUGCGAAACCUUACCCAUCUAGGCUUGAACGAUGUCUCACUUACACGGCUACCAUAUGACAUUGCCAGUCUUACAAGCUUGCAGUCUUUGGAGCUUCGAGACAACAUGCUUCGCCAACUUCCACAGUCCCUCUCCUUCUUGGUCAAACUCCGUAUACUUGACCUGGGCAGCAAUGAGAUUGAAGAACUGCCCUCAAGUAUAGGGUCAUUACCAGCACUUGAGGAAUUGUGGAUAGAUUGCAACUAUUUGGUGGAGUUACCUGCAGAAAUUGGUCAACUCAAGAAACUGUCAAUACUUGAUGUUUCGGAAAAUCAGUUAGAAGCAUUACCAGAGGAAGUCAGUGGACUGGUGGGGCUCACAGAUCUAUGUCUUUCCCAGAACCGCUUGGAGCAGUUGCCUGAUGGUAUUGGUUUCCUUAAAAAACUGGCUAUUUUGAAGGUGGAUGCAAACAGAUUGCUCUCUCUUACACCUCAUAUAGGCAGCUGUGAUGCAUUACAAGAACUCAUCUUGACAGAAAACCUUUUGUCUGAAUUGCCAAUAACCAUUGGUAAAUUGAAAAACCUUCAUAACCUCAAUGUUGACCGCAACAGAUUAGCAGAAAUUCCAGUUGAGAUUGGAAAGUGUGUCAAGCUGGGUGUGCUUUCUCUGAGAGACAAUCGAUUGCUGCGCCUCCCACAAGAGUUAGGUUCACUCAGUCGACUGCAGGUGCUAGAUGUAUCUGGAAAUAGAUUAGAAUAUCUGCCAAUAACUGUUGCCAAUCUGGACCUCAAGGCAUUGUGGCUGUCAGAGAACCAGGCCCAACCACUUCUUAAGUUCCAGACUGACUAUGAUGAGCGGACUGGGCAGAAAGUCCUCACAUGUUUUCUUCUUCCCCAGCAGGGAUUCCACACAGAGAGCAUGGAAAACCUUUUGAAGGGAAGCAUAGCCACAGAAAUUGAAAGUCGACAAAGCUGGUCAGACAAAGAGCGUGAACGAGACAGGCCACGUGACAGCGUAGUUCAGUUUCCUGAUGGUUAUGACUCAGAGAAAUCUGACGAUGAAGAUAGCCAUUUUGUCCGGCAUAACACUCCCCAUCCAAAGGAGCUGCGAGCUCGGCACACCAAAUUCCCCAAGCAGAAAGACAUUGAUGGCCACAUCAUCCCACACAAAGACAAGACGGAGGAGGACAAGAUGUUCAUGCCUUCUCGUGAUUAUGAUGCAUCAUGGGACAAAAAUGCUAAUACACAUCCUGCACAGCAGGUUCCAACAAUAGAAAAGGAACCUGCUCCCUUGUAUCACUCUCAGCAGUCCCCAUCACUGCAGCAGCAGUCACCUUCCUCACCUGUACCACCAGAAAUCAUCAAAGCACCAGACCUGCAGGGAGCAACACCAACAACUGUGGCAUCAGAAUCUUCUGAAGAUGAAGAUGAGCAGUUGCCAAAGGAGACCCAACCCUUACUUGUGGGCAAGACUGUGACUAUAGCAACAACUAGCCAAGAUGAUGAGGAGGGAGAGCUAGAAGCCAUGUCAGCAGAAACAGGCAGUGGUCAGAAUGUCAGUGACUCUGAUCGUGAGCCUGCCUCAGAUGAUGAUGAUGAUGAUGAUGAUGAUGUGCAGUCACGUGACAGAAAGGUUGGCUUCGUGCCAGAAAUUGAUGAUGAACCAGACAAAGAUCAUCGAUUGCGGCGCAGAGAUACUCCUCACUAUUUGAAAAACAAAAGGGUAAACAAAGAGGAAGAUGCAGAACAAAAAGUCCGUGAGAUUCUUGCCCAGGCUGCUGCACAGAAAGAAGUGGCAGCCAUUUCACCAAUUGUUAAGCCACCCCAGCAUGAGACGAUUGCUGCUCCUUCUGCUAUUCAUCAAAUACCAGCACCACUUGAAGGUGAGGAGGAGAUAACCAUUCACAUCCUGCGAGAACCUGGCCAGGGUCUUGGCAUCAGCAUUGCUGGAGGGAAAGGGUCAACACCAUACAAAGGGGAAGAUGAGAGCAUUUUUAUUUCGCGUGUAACGGAGGAGGGCCCUGCUGGAAAGGCUGGUAUUCGGGUUGGUGACAAACUGCUGAAGGUGAACAGUAGCAGCUUGGUGGGUGCAGACCACUACUUUGCUGUUGAUGUGCUGAAAAAUAGUGGCAAUGACAUCACCAUGGUGGUUGGGCGAGAACGGCCACUUCUUAACUCUCACCUUGUGGAGGAUGAGGAGGAGGAGGUGAUUGAGGAGGAAGAGAUGGUGGCAGAAGAAGCGACUCAUACUAGCAUCGCCACUGUGUCUUUUACCCCAGAGCCAGAGAUGGAAGUUUAUGGAGAGACUGUUACAGUUGAACUGUUGCGUGAUCAAGGUGGCCUUGGGUUCAGCAUUGCUGGCGGUAGAGAUUCAGUUCCUUUCAAGACUAAUGAUAGUAUGUUAAAUGAAACACUACCUCUUUCUGCAUCCCGACAGAUUUGUAAUCUCUUGGAGGCAAUUUACAUAUCUAAAAUAACUCCUCAUGGCAAUGCUGACCGAGAUGGUCGUCUGCAGGUUGGAGACCGGAUAGUCUCUAUCAAUGGAGUAGAUAUGGCAGAUGCCCGGCAUGACCAAGCGGUGGCCCUGCUGACUGGAAUAGACCGAACAGUCAAGCUUGUUGUCUACAGAGAGAAACUUGUACCCAAAGGUUCACUUCCACCACAGUCACCAGGGUCUGCAUCCUCGACAGUCCAGCGUCUGCCACAAAUUACACAGCCUGUGAUUACCUGGAAUCAGACCUCAGCUGGAGCAGCUGCAACAAACCCUGGUAGCACACCAAAGCUGCCAUCUCCUGCUUCUGGACAGAGUCCUACUAUAACUGUACCUCCCAGUACUUUGGCAGGAAUAAGCAGCAGUUUGAGUACUGUUCCAGCAUAUAGUGCAGCAGUGCCAACAUCAUACACACAUUUAGGUAGAACUGGUCAGAUAUCAAUUUCCCCUGUGUCUAACAGUGUCUCCUCACCAUCGCCAGAAUCACCAAAAGUUCUUGCAUCAGCUUCACCCAAAAUGCUUUCGUCUGACUGGACCACACCGCCUAGUGCAGUGCAACCUCCUCGCUUUGUGUACCCCAGUUUCAAUCGGUCUCCAACGUCUUCAUCACCUGUGACCACCAUCCCGACUGCAGCGUCACCAUCUGUGAUCACUGUGACCACCGCCACCACCUCCUCUGUGGGACAGUCAUUUACUUUAGCUUCAGCACCUUUCCCACGGACUACAGAGAACAAAGAAACAGUGUCUUCUCCGCAAUUUUUGGGUCAGACGGUGGACAUUUUGCCAGCCACCCAGGUCUAUAGCACAAUGCCUACAAACUCUGCUAGUGUAGAGAUGGGUAGAGCCGAGGUGGGGGCUCCUUUACAGCGUGAUCAGAUUAAGCGGCUGGAGUUCAACCAUGUGCAGUCACCAACAGCCCCCAGUGUAACAGCCACUUCACCACUUUCGUCUGGGUCAGAUAUUUCACCACAGCCAUACCCUGUUGAGGAUGUUCGGAUAGUGAAGGCUGGGGGUCCGUUGGGACUCAGUAUUGUUGGAGGUAUAGACCAUUCCAGCCAUCCUUUUGGUGCAGAUGAACCUGGCAUCUUUGUAUCAAGGAUUGUCAAGGAUGGAGCUGCAGCCAAAACAAACUUGAGAAUAGGAGACAGGCUGUUGUUUGUAAAUGGCAAAGAUGUUCGAAAAUGUACCCACCAGGAAGCUGUGAUGGCCUUAAUAGCCCCCACAUAUGAAAUCCUACUGAAAGUCCGGCAUGACCCACCACCAAAGGGUCUUCAGGAAUAUGUGAUAAUCAAAGCUCCAGGAGAAAAGCUAGGGAUGAGCAUAAAAGGGGGAGCCAGAAACGUACCCGCUGGACCCAUGGAUCGUUCUGAUGAGGGAAUUUUCAUUUCUAGGAUAAAUGAGGAUGGAGCUGUGGCUAGAGAUGGUCGAUUGAAAGCAGGACUUCGAAUCCUAGAAGUGAAUGGACAGAGUUUGCUUGGUGCAAGUCACCAAGAAGCAGUUCGAGCUCUUCGCAGUGUGAGUGACCGCAUGGUGAUUUUGGUGUGUGAGGUGGAAGCAACAGCCAGUGCAAACAUGUCUUCUCCUGAAAUGGCAUCUCCAGGAAGUCCUGUCGGCUUUUUCUCUUCGCGACAAGGCUCUGUGUCCAGCAUAGACAGAGAUGAUGAAGAUGCAAAGCUUUUACGAGAGGAGCGAGCCAUUUUGGAUGAGGCUGAAGAGUGGGAGAAUGAGGAACUAAAGGAAGCGGAACGAUUGAGGCAGCAGAGAGAACAAGCAGCUCGUCGCCUUGGCAAUGGUACAGCUAUGGAGGCUGUUCGCCAAGCAGCUAUUCUCAAACAAGAGCAGGCCCAAAUCAGGGGACAUGGGGACUCUCCGCCAAGACUUAGUGCAGCUACUGUGAUUAAUCAAGUGCCUUCUGGUGAUACUGUUUUACAUGAUGGUGUGGGCACUAAGAGUCCAGGGCACAGGAAUUUUCACCUGUGUGACCAGCUUCCGAGAAGAGGUCCUAAACCACCUAUCCCUCCAAAACGCAUGGUGCCUAGCACACUGCAAAACAUACCGCCCACACCACCGCAGGAGACCUCAUCACCUACUGAUGGGCUGGUCUCCCCUGGAACUGAAGUGCGGAAGUCAGCACGCCUGCCUUCUGGGACUAACAUUGGAUUAAAGAGUGCCCCAGGAGAUCCUAACAGCAUCAAUCUUGAUGGGAUGAGUUUCCGGGAAAAGCAGAAAUACUUUGAGAAGGAGAUUCGUGAACACUCAGUUGCACAACCUGCAAAACCAACAUCCAAACACUUCAGUUAUCUGGCUGAACACGAAAUCGCUAAAAUGAAACAAGAAGAAGCAAAGAAAACAGCAAAUAUGUCACAAGAACAGCUACGCUCCUAUGUGGCCAGUGGUGUGGCUGACAUAAAACCUGACCAUGAUCUUGACCACAUGCUAUCCAGUCUGAACACACGGAGCACCAUGACUGGUAGUGGGGUAGUUAGAACACUGAAGGCAGAAAAACGACUUCAGAUUUACAACUUUUCGGAGAACAACAAUUCAGAAUCUUCUGUUAUGGAUGACCAACAAAUAUCUUCUCUUGAUCCACGGGAAGUUGAAGCAGAAAAGCGAGCUGCUUGGCGAAAAGCUAGGAUGAAGAGUCUGGAGGCUGAUGCCCUGCAGGCUCAGGCUGUCAUUGUCAAGGCUCAAGAGAUGUCCCGGGAGCCCGUCCAUCGCUCUGACAACACGGCAGCAUCCAAUUUCUCCACAGUAGACAUCGCUUUUGCUGAUGAAGAUGACAGCCAUCAGAACCACAAUGGAAACUCCCAGACUGUUGUCUCAGCAACUCCAUUGGGUAACAACAGUAACCUGUCUUCGUUGAGUGUAGCAUUUCGGCGAGGCAGCAACAUGUAUCAUGAAAAUAUUACAGUUCUUGGUGAAAGUGUUAAAACCAUCACAGAAGAGGUUCUGAAUAAGCAGACAGGGAAGCUUGAGUUUCAAACAGUCCAAGUGAUUGAAAGAAGAUUAGAACGAGAGAUCGAGGUAAAGACUCGGCGGAUUUUCGAGGUGAACUUGAAGAACAGUGAUGGGUGGAAAAAUGGGUAGACAGAGGUUCACUGAAUUGACUGAAGUUUGUUUCUGCUUCCUUGCUCACUUGAACUACAACGCCUGUGUUUUUUCAAGAAUGAAUUGUGCUCAUUUCCGCUGGUGUGGUCCUGUGAAAAUCUAUCACAAGCAUUCUCAUUUCAAGCCUUUGUACCUGAAAACUCCAUGCACGACAGCCCUCAAGCAAGAGGCCCUUUCCCCAUCACAGGCAGUCACAUCUCAGGCACUGUUGACGACAAUUUGAUAACAACAAUUCUGUGGGUGUUUUCUUGGCUGAGUGACAGAAGCAUACAUGCUCACAUGGCAGGGUUUUUAAUGUAGAGAAACCUGCUUCAGAUACUUUCAUAGUGACUUAACGACCAACAUUUUUUCUCUUCUACUAUGCUGGGCAGUUUCUUUUUUAGUCACCUGCAGUAUCACAGUGUACACUUUUAGAUGCUGCUUUUAGAUUUCAAUAUUGUGCAAUAAAUCUCACUCUCUUAUGCAGGUGUUGUGUAGGACUUUGUUUAUUGUAUCCCCCGGUUUGGUCCAGGUGUAAUUUGCUGCAGAUGUUUCAUGAUUUGUUUGCACCACAGUUUUCAAAGCCUGCUUUGAUUUUUUAAAUAUUUAGCUACUUUAAUUUUCUUUCGGGUCAUGUGAUUGGCUGGCCUCUGCAACUGAUGUAUAGAUCAUUCAUUAUCUGGAAAGUACAGAGUAUUGUCUUGCAUCAAACAUCGUGUUGUGGUUUUUGGCAAGGCAUUCUCAUAUCAUUGACAAAAGUAGGCACGCUGUACAUGUCCAAUUUCUUCCAAUUAUUUGCCUGACAACCUCAAGGCUUUUAUAGAUAGCGAUAUUUAUCUGUCUUUCCAAAUAACCCCCACCCCAAAUCCCCAUUUUGUUGACUUGUGUAUAAUGGACUGUUGAUUUCUUGGCUUUUAUACAUUUAAUGAGACCAUUAACUUUUUACUAAUGCCAAAACUCUAAAGUUUCCUGUUUUUAAUUCUGUAGAAUAUGCCAUUUCUUCAUACUUGAUGCAUUUUAGGAAAGGAACAUGCUUCUGACAAAAAGAGACUGAUGAACAAAUGUGGUUUUAGGUCACAGUCCGGGUAAUCUCCCUUGAAAGUUACAGUUCUUUUCUGUCUAUAAAGCGUGUAUAUUUUUUGUCUUUGCCAGUUUUAUGUGUACAUGUGUGAUUUGGAAUAAUCAUGGUCCCCUGCCUUUUGUAUAGUUCAUUCAGAGAUAAAUAUGAUUCAGUAUUUUC